AUUAUUUAUGAUGUGGGGUGUCAGUGGAGUAUUAAUUUUUUACAGAGAGUUGCUGAGAGCCAAGGCUUAUCCGUACCAGAAAAUAUGCAGAUCAUCCCUGCGGUUGGAAAAUUCCAUCUCAGCGCUCACAAAUUGGCUUGCUUUGCAAGGUACAGCCUCAACUUUGUUCAAGGCGCUGGACAUGUUGAUGGGGAGAUUUUGGAGACCUUAUGGGCACCAUUCAAUAAGAUUUCCCCAACUGCUCGGUCAAUGAGUCAUGCUCAUCGCCAAGAAGUUCUUGAUGAUCAUAUGAGAGACUCAAACUGGAAAAAAAUAGUUGGAAUA